AUGGAAACUGCAACAAGUGUAUUUAUGGAGAAACAAGACACGGCCGGCAUGGCCCGUUCUGCUACCUGUUUAAAGAUGCUAAAUGACAUUAAGAUAGAGGAUCGACUGCGGAGCGAUGCCAGCACUUUGAAUGGGAUAAUCAGCGCUAACUGUCCACCGCAGGCCGUGUGUGAAGGCUGCACGGGGAUCAUCUCAGACCGUUUCCUGAUGCGGGUUAAUGGCGCGUCCUGGCACGAGGGGUGCCUUCAAUGCUCAGAGUGCCAGCAACCGCUUGCCGACACCUGCUACUCCAGAGACACAAAGCUGUACUGCAAGAACGACUACCAACAGUUGUUUGCCGCAAGGUGCAGCCACUGUCUGGAGAAGAUAGUACCCACAGAAUUUGUCAUGCGCGCUCAGGACAGUGUUUACCAUCUCAGCUGCUUCUGCUGCUGUGUCUGCCAGCGCCAGCUGUGUAAAGGAGACAAGUUUGUUCUGAAAGAAGGCCAGCUGCUGUGCAAAAGUGACUAUGAGAGAGAGGGGGACCUGCGCAGUACAGUCAGUCUAGACAACACAGACACAGAAAAUAGUGAAGAUAAGGAUUUGGAUGUGAAAUCAGAGAAGUUCCCAGCUGUCCUGAAUGGCAGCGAUGACAGCAAAUACCCUCACAGGCCCAAACGGCCACGCACCAUCCUUACCACCAUGCAGAGGAGAGUCUUUAAGGCCUCCUUUGAGGUUUCCUCCAAACCCUGCAGAAAGGUAAGAGAAACCCUGGCUGCGGAGACUGGACUCAAUGUCCGUGUGGUUCAGGUCUGGUUCCAGAACCAGAGAGCAAAGAUGAAGAAGUUAGCCCGCAGACAACAGCAACAGCAGGAGCAACACGCCAGCCAAAGAUUAGACCAAGAGGUGAUAUCAAGUUGUAUGGACCAUCUGUUCAGUUCCUACUCAGGGCCUCUUCCUCCAAACCAACAGCAGCUAGUGAGCAUUGACCACAGCACCUAUAACAAUGACCCCUUCCAUCAGAGCCUCACCCCACCACAGAUGCCUGGUGACCACAUGAACCCCUAUGAUGGCAAGGAGGUGGAUAGCGAUGCCAACUCUGGCCACCUUGAUCUACACAACAUGGAGGAGGAGGAUGACCCCACUUUCCAGGCCUCCAUGUUGUGUCAAAGUUCUACCCCCAGUGGACAGGUAGACUUGUAUGAGGUCUGCAAACAGGCAGUUGCUAAAGGUGGACAUCUCAUGGCCAGCAGCCCAGGAUGCUGA